GCUUACGCCAUGAUCACAUACACCAUCAUCCAAUCCCAAGUAUAAAAGUCUUUAAACAAAAACCUAGCUCUUCAAAUUCACUACAUUCCUCCAAUCUUUUAACAUACUCUUAAGAAUGGACCGCGGCCUUUUCCACCACCGUAAGAACGAUAAAGACAAACCCUCUGGAAACACCGGCUACGGCUCAAAUGAUACCACUAGUGGGUAUGGCUCCAAUGAAGGCAACCGCUAUGGCUCUGGGGGCUAUGGAGACACAGAAGGCGACCGUUAUGGCUCUGAUAACAAACCCUCUGGAAGCUAUGGAGAGACAGAGGGAAACCGCUAUGGUUCUGGGGGCUAUGGAGAAACUGAGGGUAAUCGUUAUGGCUCCGAUAACAAACCCUCUGGAGGCUAUGGUGAGACAGAGGGCAAUCGCUAUGGCUCUGGGGGCUAUGGAGAAACAGAGGGCAACCGCUAUGGCUCUGAUAACAAAGCCUAUGGUGACUGGUGAGACAGAGGGAAACCGCUAUGGCUCUGGAGGCUAUGGUGAGACAGAGGGCAAUCGCUAUGGCUCUGGAGGCUAUGGAGAGACAGAAGGCAACCGCUAUGGCUCUGGAGGCUAUGGAGAGACGACAGAAGGCAAACGCUAUGGGUCUGGUAACAAACCCUCUGGAGGCUAUGGAGAGACAGAAGGCAACCGUUUUGGGUCCGAUAACAAAGCCUAUGGAGAGACAAAAGACAACCGCUAUGGCUCAUCAGACUAUAACAGUGCUACUGGUGGUGGUGGCGGCUAUGGCUCCAGCGAGGCAACCCGCUACGGCUCUGACAACACCACCGGCAGCGGUGGUGGGUAUGGUGAGUCAGAGCCGAAGGUGUAUGGAGAGAAAGGUGGUUACAAGAAUAGUGAAAGCGGUGAGAGUGAAGAGCCACGAAGGGAUUAUGAUAAGGAAGAGAAGAAACAUAAGCGUGUUGAGCAGAUUAGUGGCCUAGGUGCUGUUGCUUCUGGUGCUUAUGCUCUGUAUGAGAAGCACCAGACAAAGAAGGAUCCGGAGAAUGCACACAGGCACAAGAUUGCUGAAGAAAUAGCUGCGGUGGGCGCAGUCGCGUCCGGUGGGUUUGCUUUCCACGAGCAUCACGAGAAGAAGGGUGUUAAGGAGGACAGAGAGGAGUCCCAACAGUCUGAAGGAAAGGAGAAGAAGAAGCACCAUUUCUUUUAAUUCUUUCUAAUCAACCUUCCUACCUCUCUAAUACGGAGUAGUCUAAUAUAUUUGUGUCUUUUAAUUGGGUUUUAAGGUGUUUUCAUUUUCCAAUUAAACAAAAACAAAAACAAAAUAAGAUGCUUUUAUUGUGGUACUCUUUUUAUCGUUUUUGUCUUAGGGGAAAAGAAAAAUAUAAAGAAAACUAUGCCUUUGUGUUAUGUAUUGUUGUAUCAUUGUCAGCCAAUCAAUGAGACCUAUGUUUCAUGUUUGGCUUUUAUCUUUGUCAAAAAAAUCGGUUUUAUCAGUUGCCCUGAUUCUAA